AUGAAGUACUCCGCUGCUGUCCUGGUUGCCGGCCUCGGCCUGGCCUCUGCUGAGGGCGACGUUCUUCGCCUUCGUGAGGUGCCUCAAGAGCACUCGCACAACCGUUUCCUCGACCUUGUGCGCGCGUCGCUCAGCACCAACAAUCCCCAGAAGAUCCAAGAUCCCGUCUUCGGGCUUCUGGGCAACGCUGCUGCCGCUGCCGGUGCCGGCUCCGUUACCAACCUCGACUGUCUGCAGCAGGCCACGGCCGACCAGGCAUUCACCAACGCCAAGGCCGCGGGCGACAUCCCCGGCAUGGCUGGUGCUCUGCUGUACCGUGCCAUUGAGCGCAACACGGGUUCUGUCGGCCUGGCCAGCGUGAUCUGCAAUGAGACGGCCGCCAACCCCGAGAUCCAGGCUGUCUCGCAACACCAGGACCCCGCCAGUGCCAACGCUGCGACUGUCAACAAGGGUAUCACGCUCGCCCUGGCCAAGCAGCUUGCCGCCAUUGGUGCCGACCCGCUGCUGGCUCUGGAGAGUGGUACCUUUGCCCCCGGCAAGGUGGGCGACCCGACGGCCGCUGGCAACACGUGCGAUACCGAGAACGAUGAGCCCGGCUGUAUUUUCUCGGAGAACCUGCUGGUUCUCGACGCCAGCGAGGCCGAGAUCAGUUCCGCCGUCGCCGGCAUCACGCCCACCAUCACCGGCACUGGUGUUAUCCGUGCCACUGACAUCGACCUGGCUAAGCUGGCUGUUGCGACUGGUGCGGCUGGUGCGGCUGGUGCGACUGCCGCCGCCGGUACCGCUGCUGCCUCAUCUGAGGCCGCCUGCGCCGGCACCACGCGCACCGUUAUUGCCACUGUGACUGCCGCUGCUGCCACAGCCGCCGGCCCCUCGUGCAGCACCGUGGUCUCGACCGUGGCCGCCGCCGAGGCCAGCGCCCUUGUCGGCAAGCGCCAGUCGCCCCUGCGCCGCUCCCGUCCUCAGCGCCGCGCCGCUCUUGACUUUGGCUCUUGCGGUGCCCCGACUAUUCUCUUCGAAUCUGGUCUCGACGGCCGCAACACCGAGGCUUUCAUUGCUGAGGACCAGACCGACUUCAACCACGGCUCGGCCCUGAACAUUGCCGUCAUUGCCGGCUUCAUCUGCCAGCGCCUCGGCUCCUCUUGCAACGCCGCUGCCGACGCUCAGGCCUCGUGCACGGCUGCUUCGGCUGCCGCGGUGGCCACGACACAGAACCAGGCUGCUGCCGAUGCCUUCAACAACGCCCUCGGCCUGGGCAGCGGUGUUACUGCCGCCGCCGGCAACGCCGCCUCUGCGACUGCCUCCUCUGUUGUCGUCACUGUCACGAAGUGCUCAUAA